AUGACGAUAUUUGUCAUAAACAAGCCACAUCUCAACGAGCCAGGCCAUCCCUGUAGAGCCCAAGUCCAGUCCCCAGACCAGACCAGUGACAGUGUGGUGUGGACUGGAGGUAGUUACUGAGGGAUCAAGGUGUCACUCUACACACAUCUCUGCAUUGACACUCCCUGCCUUCUGUUCUGUGUCUGUCUGGUCAGCCAGUAUAAUAAAGGAGCUGGAACCAGCUUCCUGUAGUAAUGGCAGGCCAAACUGCCCAGGUGAUUAGCGCCUGGCCUGGGAGUUGGGGGUUUUGAAGUUGGGGAACCCCAAUGCCUAGCUGCCUAUACUGAACACCACCCUCCCCCUCCCUGCUCCCCUCUUUUCACACAACAACAUGUAGGUUACUCUAAACUGUGUAAAGAUCAAAGUGGGGUUCUGAUUGAUGUCCCAACACACACACACAAACACACACACACAUACAUACAUACACAUACACACCUCUGUCUUCCUCCAUAUGGGAGGAAAAGGUAUAGAGGAUAGCCACCCUGCCCGCCCUAAUCAGACCUCAAGUGCAUAUCACUGAAUUCGAGUUUGGAGUAAAUCAGAGAGGGAUUAACAACAAGAGCACUGACUGGAGCUCCAAGGCCAUGUAUCUGCAUGAGGAGAGGCCGCUGUGUGGUGACUACCCAUACCCACUCAACUCUCAGCCCAAGAACUAUGGCUAUUGUCCACCAGGUAGGUUUGUGUUUAAUGGAUAGACAACAUGACCAAAUGUUUUGGACAUGUUGCAUUAUAGUGUUUAAAAGUCCUAAUUGAGCCUAACAAUACAGAUAUUGCUCUUUCCUAUUGAGAGGGGUAGCCUAUCCCACUGGGCACAGACGUCAACUCCACAUCUAUUCCACUUUGAAAUUACGUGGAAACAACGUUGUGUCAACCAGUGUCUGCCCAGUGGUUAUCUAUUUAUGUAGUCUAUUGUCAUAGUUUUGUGGACUAAAAAACAUAACCCUAAUAUUUGCUAUGAAUGACGUAAAUAAAUACCUUCCACUAGAUUGGAAAGAUGCGGUUCUGCGGGGCCAGUCUUGGGACAGCGGCGGUAAAGUCGGGUGUGAACCCGAGCUUUCAGCUCUUCAAGUCCGGGUGUCGCUCCAGGGUCGCGAGCUAUGGGAACAAUUCGGAGAUAUAGGAACUGAGAUGCUCAUCACCAAAACAGGAAGGUAGGAUGUGUGGAUGAUAAAUAGCGGUAGCCAUAGGCCUUCAUAAUAACCCCUUGUCAGAAAUAUGAAAAAUGAGUGAUAGAAAUAUUAUAAAUUAAUGAAAUAUGAUAGCCUAAAAUAAUGUAAUUUCCAUUUGGUGACUGUUUUGGGACAUAGGCCUAGUCUCAGAGUCAUUCUGUUGAGACAUUUUUUUUCAAGGUUGAUUAUGCGAAGAACCACUAUUUUUUUAUGAAAUUGAAUAACCGAUAGUAAUAUGGGGCACAAAGUAACACGUUGUCUUUUGCUUAUUUAUGAAAAUUGUAUUUGAUUUAUUAAUAAUGUUUUAUACAAGCAACAUACAUAUCUCAGCUACCAUUACACACUGUAACUACAUUUCUAGAACAUACCAGUCCUUUACAAGUCAACAGAAAGUGGCAGAAGUCAAAAAGUACAAUUAACCCCGUAGGCGGCGUAAGAGUAGUCUGAGUACCAGUCUCUUUAGCUAACGUUCCACUCCUUGUCAUUGCCAAAGAGACUGGCCUUUCCAAUGUCUAUCUGCAGACUGCGGUUACCACACUGAACAAAAAUAUAAACGCAACAUGUAAAGUGUUGGUCCCAUGUUUCAUGAGCUGAAAUAAAAGAUCCCAGAAAUUUUCCUUACACACAAAAAGCUUAUUUCUCUGAAAUGUUGUGCACAAAUUUGUUUACAUCCCUGUUAGUGAGCAUUUCUCCUUUGCCUAGAUAAUCCAUCCACCUGACAGGUGUGGCAUAUCAAUAAGCUGAUUAAACAGUAUGAUUAUUACACAGGUACACCUUGUAAUAAAAGGCCACUCUAAAAUGUAUAGUUUUGUCACACAACACGAGCCUCGAAAAUAGAAUUAGAAUUUAUAACAAAUUCUAAAACAAACAUUUAGCUGGUAGCUAGGCAAGUUGUUGUAUUUUGACGAUUAAAACUAAGACAUUUUGUGGUUGGCAUUUACUUUGAGAAUUUAGAGGCCAGCUAGCAUUUUUUUUUACCAUUAGUACCUCAGUGCUUUUGAUAGACUGGUUUUUAAUCUGGACAAAUAAAAAACGGUUGCUUAGCAACUGGAUUCCAACGUGGUCUGUGGAUAAAAAAGUUAUGAGUUCCAAUAUUUGCAUAAUCGUUGUGAUUGGAGGAUAGCGGUGAUCGAAUCAGGAUCAAAUCCUCUGUUCUCCUCCAGUUCAUUAAUUCUAGAAUGUUCAUAUUUAAAGAUGGCAGAAAGGCCAGUCUUUUUGGCACAUGACAUGGACUACAGGGAGUGGAUUAGCUAAAGACUGGUACCAAGGCUAGGGUCAGAGGCGUCAUGCCCAAAGGGGGCACAGGAGCAUGUGCCCUCAGAUUUGUUCCGUAAAGAAAAUAAAAAUAGAAAAAAUAAAUACACACACACAUAUAUAUAUAUAUAUAUAUAUACAGUGGGGAGAACAAGAAUUUGAUACACUGCCAAUUUUGCAGGUUUUCCUACUUACAAAGCAUGUAGAGGUCUGUAAUUUUUAUCAUAGGUACACUUCAACUGUGAGAGACGGAAUCUAAAACAAAAAUCCAGAAAAUCACAUUGUAUGAUUUUUAAGUAAUUAAUUUGCAUUUUAUUGCAUGACAUAAGUAUUUGAUACAUCAGAAAAGCAGAACUUAAUAUUUGGUACAGAAACCUUUGUUUGCAAUUACAGAGAUCAUACGUUUCCUGUAGGUCUUGACCAGGUUUGCACACACUGCAGCAGGGAUUUUGGCCCACUCCUCCAUACAGACCUUCUCCAGAUCCUUCAGGUUUCGGGGCUGUCGCUGGGCAAUACGGACUUUCAGCUCCCUCCAAAGAUUUUCUAUUGGGUUCAGGUCUGGAGACUGGCUAGGCCACUCCAGGACAUUGAGAUGCUUCUUACGGAGCCACUCCUUAGUUGCCCUGGCUGUGUGUUUCGGGUCGUUGUCAUGCUGGAAGACCCAGCUACGACCCACCUUCAAUGCUCUUACUGAGGAAAGGAGGUUGUUGGCCAAGAUCUCGCGAUACAUGGCCCCAUCCAUCCUCCCCUCAAUACGGUGCAGUCAUCCUGUCCCCUUUGCAGAAAAGCAUCCCCAAAGAAUGAUGUUUCCACCUCCAUGCUUCACGAUUGGGAUGGUGUUCUUGGGGUUGGAGUCUGUUUGAUUGAGUGUGUGGACAGGUGUCUUUUAUACAGGUAACAAGUUCAAACAGGUGCAGUUAAUACAGGUAAUGAGUGGAGAACAGGAGGGCUUCUUAAAGAAAAACUAACAGGUCUGUGAGAGCCGGAAUUCUUACUGGUUGGUAGGUGAUCAAAUACUUAUAUCAUGCAAUAAAAUGCAAAUUAAUUACUUAAAAAUCAUACAAUGUGAUUUUCUGGAUUUUUGUUUUAGAUUCCGUCUCUCACAGUUGAAGUGUACCUAUGAUAAAAAUUACAGACCUCUACAUGCUUUGUAAGUAGGAAAACCUGCAAAAUCGGUAGUGUAUCAAAUACUUGUUCUCCCCACUGUGUAUAUAUAUAUAUAGUCUACCAACAAAGUCUACCAACAUUGCCAGCAGGUAUGCCAGCUAAGAUAGUUAGACAAGCUAGCUACUCUAACUUGAUCGAUAGCCUGAAAUGACUUCUUGGUAGCUAGUGGCUAGUAGUUUUACAGAGAUGCAGAGAAGCAUAUUUAGUUGCAAAAAAUACAAAAAACACCAGUCAGGAGGAUACAGACAGCUCGAGAGGUAUACUUAGAUAUGAAGAAAAAUUAUAUAUAUAUUUAUACAUAGAAUUAAGCAUAAUGAUGUCUCUAGAUUGCAGGAAAAAGCUGUUUGGGGUAUUUGAAUAAUGCUACAUUCUCCAAUUUACGGACGGGGGGCAUAGCCUCCCUACGGACCACCCUCCAGCCAUCCUCACGUACUUUGUGUGCCCUCAGAUUUUUGGGGUGCAUGAGACUACAUUGACACUACAUUGACUAAAAUAUAUGUUUUAGGCAUGUCAUAUUGACCAAAAACGGAGUAGCCAAAAUGUAUAUACACUGCUCAAAAAAAAAAGGGAACACAUCCUAGAUCUGAAUGAAUGAAAUAAUCUUAUGAAAUACUUUUUUCUUUACAUAGUUGAAUGUGCUGACAACAAAAUCACACAAAAAUUAUCAAUGGAAAUCAAAUGUAUCAACCCAUGGAGGUCUGGAUUUGGAGUCACCCUCAAAAUUAAAGUGGAAAACCACACUACAGGCUGAUCCAACUUUGAUGUAAUGUCCUUAAAACAAGUCAAAAUGAGGCUCAGUAGUGUGUGUGGCCUCCACGUGCCUGUAUGACCUCCAUACAACGCCUGGGCAUGCUCCUGAUGAGGUGGCGGAUGGUCUCCUGAGGGAUCUCCUCCCAGACCUGGACUAAAGCAUCCGCCAACUCCUGGACAGUCUGUGGUGCAACGUGGCAUUGGUGGAUGGAGCGAGACAUGAUGUCCCAGAUGUGCUCAAUUGGAUUCAGGUCUGGGGAACGGGCGGUCCAUAGCAUCAAUGCCUUCCUCUUGCAGGAACUGCUGACACACUCCAGCCACAUGAGGUCUAGCAUUGUCUUGCAUUAGGAGGAACCCAGGGCCAACCGCACCAGCAUAUGGUCUCACAAGGGGUCUGAGGAUCUCAUCUCGGUACCUAAUGGCAGUCAGGCUACCUCUGGCGAGCACAUGGAGGGCUGUGCGGCCCCCCAAAGAAAUGCCACCCCACACCAUGACUGACCCACCGCCAAACCAGUCAUGCUGGAGGAUGUUGCAGGCAGCAGAACGUUCUCCACGGCGUCUCCAGACUCUGUCACGUCUGUCACAUGUGCUCAGUGUGAACCUGCAUCUGUGAAGAGCACAGGGCACCAGUGGCGAAUUUGCCAAUCUUGGUGUUCUCUGGCAAAUGCCAAACGUCCUGCACGGUGUUGGACUGUAAGCACAACCCCCACCUGUGGACGUCGGACCCUCAUACCACCCUCAUGGAGUCUGUUUCUGACCGUUUGAGCAGACACAUGCACAUUUGUGGCCUGCUGGAGGUUAUUUUGCAGGGCUCUGGCAGUGCUCCUCCUGCCUGCUCCUCCUUCCACAAAGGCGGAGGUAGCGGUCCUGCUGCUGGGUUGUUGCCCUCCUACGGCCUCCUCCACGUCUCCUGAUGUACUGGCCUGUCUCCUGGUAGCGCCUCCAUGCUCUGGACACUACGCUGACAGACACAGCAAACCUUCUUGCCACAGCUCGCAUUGAUGUGCCAUCCUGGAUAUGCUGCACUACCUGAGCCACUUGUGUGGGUUGUAGACUCCGUCUCAUGCUACCACUUGAGUGAAAGCACCGCCAUCAUUCAAAAGUGACCAAAACAUCAGCCAGGAAGCAUAGGAACUGAAAAGUGGUCUGUGGUCACCACCUGCAGAACCACUUCUUUAUUGGGGGUGUCUUGCUAAUUGCCUAUAAUUUCCACCUGUUGUCUAUUCCAUUUGCACAACAGCAUGUGAAAUGUAUUGUCAAUCAGUGUUGCUUCCUAAGUGGACAGUUUGAUUUCACAGAAGUGUGAUUGACUUGGAGUUACAUUGUGUUGUUUAAGUGUUCCCUUAAUUUUUUUGAGCAGUGUAUUAUAUAUAGGAUACUUUUAACAUUCAAAAGUAUUAAUUUUAUUUUUUCCUUUUUCUAAGGUAUUAUCUUAGUUGUAAUUGCAAACUUGAUGUAAAGAAGUGACAUUUUAUAUAAUUAUGUGAAUGUUUCUAAAUACCAUUUAAAAUACCAUAGAAUUUUAGAUAAGAGGUUAAUUGUAACAAAUGUUCAAAAUUGCCCCCACUACAAAUCUGAGUUUAAUCUGAGUUUUGUGAGAAAAUUCAACAAUAAUUAUUGUCAUUAGCUAUACCAAUCAAAAUACCUCUUCUUACUGAUAAAAAUUAUAUAUUAAAAAAAAGAGGGUCGGCAAGAAUAUUGAGAAUUCUUCCUGAAAAAUUGAUGGAUUUAAGCAAAAGUUCCUAGGCAUGUAGAUACACUAAUCAAGCAUUAGCACAUUGAAUAACAUCUUUGACCUUUCUACGUGGUUUCUAAUUUGAGUUUAGUUGUUACUUUGUGCCCUGUGUUACUUUGUGCCCCGGUCUCUCCUAACCAGUUAGUUCAAUAUUGUUCAAACUUCCCGCCUGAUUGUAUUUCAUAGGCGAAUGUUUCCGAGCUGCAGAGUCACUGUGACAGGGUUGAAUCCUCGAGCAAAGUAUGUGUUGAUGAUGGACAUGGUCCCGUUUGAUGACGACAAAUACAAGGUACCUCACCCUACCCCUCCCAGCAUUAGUCUACUGUUUAUUUAAAUGUUGCUACCACAACACACACACACAAACGCACACUAAAAUUGUAGAUUAGUGUUUGUGUUUAGAUUGAUAAGCUUCAGAAAAAUAUGUUAGAUUCAAAACUGCAGAAGGUGCUUGUUAUCAAUGUGUAUAGACACUAAACUGUAUCUCUGUCCUGUGCAGUGGAGCAGGGAUCGCUGGGAGGUGAGUGGUAUGACCGAGCCCCACCUUCCCAACCGCUACUUCAUCCACCCAGACUCUCCCUCCCUGGGGGAGAGGUGGAUGCAGUACCCUGUUUCCUUCCAUAAGCUCAAACUCACCAACAACACCCUAAACUCCAAUGGCCUGGUAAGGCUUGGCAUGGAAGGACCCUGGCACUAUUUAUAACAUUUAAAAAAGAGCUGAUAGCCACUGAAUGUAACUUAAAGCUGCAAUAUGUAAUGUUUUGGGCAACACAACCAAAUUCACAUAGAAAUGUGAGUUAUAGAUCUGUCAUCCACGUUGAAAACAAGUCUAAUAAGCGGUAGAUCUGUUCUAUGUGCGCUGUUUCUAUGCUUUCUCGUGCUUAAGUUUAGUUUUAGCCUCUUUUACUUUCAGUUUUGUACAUCAGCUUCAAACAGCUGAAGGUACUAUAUUUUUGGUUAUGUAAAAUACAUUUCACAGCAGUUUAGAUGGUACAAUGAUUCUCUACACUAUACUUGCUUGUUUUGUCACAUAAAUUGAAAUUAGGCAAACUAUUAGAAUUUUAGCAAACCCUGAGCCGACAGAAAAAUCUGUAGAUGUGCCCUUGAGCAAGGCACUUAACCCUAAUUGCUCAUGUAAGUCGCUCUGGAUAAGAGCAUCUAGUAAAUGACUAAAAUGUAAACAUAAUUACAAAUCAUUUGUAGACUGCAAAUUGACUGCAAGAAGAUAUAAUGUUUGACUAAAACAUAAUCAUUCAAACCUUGUAUGCGAUCACGUGUCUCUCUAUUAUGUGUGGGAAUACUUGGGAACAUAUUUCUUAAAUUAAAAUCACUUGGAGCUGGUGUUUUACAGUCUAUUAUGUCCAACAAGUAAACAAAAAAGAUAUAUGUUAAUUUUUUAUCUGAAAACUUGGGGGGCCAAAUAAAACCAUUUGGCCCGCGGGCCGCCAGUUGGAGAACCCUGAUGUUGGAUGAGAUGGAGAGUAUGUGUUGACAGGCACAGUAGUAACAGGUAUCAUCAUAUGUUCUGCAGGUGGUUCUUCACUCCAUGCAUAAGUACCAGCCCCGCCUGCACAUCGUCCAGUCUCCAGACCCCUACAAUCCUCUGUCAGGGGGCUACCUGCGCUUCACCUUCCCAGAGGCAGCCUUCAUAGCUGUCACUGCCUACCAGAACUCCGAGGUAAGGCCAGGACACCCUUGGGAUUCUCCCAGAAGGAGAUACUGGAACAACUCUAAUCCAAUUGUGUUGAUUAGAGUGUCCUCUGGAAGUUGAAUAUGGACAGUGCUUGUAAAGUCUGGAAUGUGAAAUGCUGCUACAGAGAGCAUAAUAAGAGCACAGCGGUUGUUGAGGGGAGAACGGCUCAUAAUAAUGGCCAGAAUGGAGCACAUGGAAUGGCAUCAAACACCUGGAAGGCCCAAAAAAUUGUCAAAGACUCCAGUCACCCAAGUCAUAGACUGUUCUCUCUGCUACCGCACGGCAAGCGGUACCGGAGUGCCAAGAGUACUGUGUCCAAAUGGCUCCUUAACAGCUUCUACCUACAAGCCAUAAGACUGCUGAACAAUUAAUAAAAUGGCCACCCGGACUAUUUACAUUGACCCCCCCCCCCCCCCCCCCCUUUGUUUUUACACUGCUGCUACUCGCUGUUUAUUAUCUAUGCAUGUACAAAUUACCUCGACUAACCUGUACCCCCACACAUUGACUUGGUACCGGUACCCCCUGUAUAUAGCCUCGUUAUAGUUAUUUUAUUGUGUUAAAACAUUUUUUAAAACUUUUGUUUAUUUAGUAAAUAUUUUCUUAACUCUAUUUCUUGAACUGUAUUGUUGGUUAAGGGCUUGUAAGUAAGCAUUUCCCGGUAAGGUCUACACCUGUUGUAUUUGGCGCAUGUGACAAAUACAAUUUGAUUUGAUUUGAUUUGUUUGAUGCAUUUGAUACCAUUCCACUAUUCCGCUCCAGGCAUUAGAACGAGCCCAUUCUCCCCAAUUAAGGUGCCACCAACCUCCUGUGGUGUACAGUACUAUAAUAAAUGAGGCAUGCUAAUUUACCCAACAGAUAACAAAACUCAAGAUAGACAACAACCCCUUUGCAAAAGGCUUUCGUGACAAUGGGCUGAACAGAAAAAGGUAAGAGACCUUCAGACAGCCUUCUAGUAGCUUGAAACAUGAACUGCAACUCUCACUUGAAAGUGAUGCAAUACUCCUCCCAGUAUGACUCAGAAUAACUAUCAAAUUUGUUGGUCAGUCAUAUAGUCUUCAAUAGGUUCCUCUUGGUAAACCUUUUAAUUGUUUGCUCAGUGGUAGAUAUGAUGAUUGUGCAGAAUUGGAAUGGUACUUAGUCGACUCACUGAUCAAUUAAGUGACAUGUUCUUUUACACUUUACUGGUACAUGUCACUAUCAUGUUACUAAGAGACUGUGAAUAAUGACAAUACUUUCUCUCUGUAGGUUCAGAGAAAUGGAAGGUCAGAGCUCCGACAAACUAAAUGAACUCCAGAUGGAAUUGAAAUCUUCAAAUGGUAUAGUCACAUACAGAGUUUAUAACAGAGUUUAUGCAAAUAUCUGUAAAGGAAAUUGUAAACAUUACACCUAAUUUCUAAAGAACUAAUUUCUAUCUUAUACAAUGAAAAAUCUAGCUAUGAUAGUCAAGCCAGCUGUCUAUUGAUCUUGCCUAACAUGGGAAAAGGAAACUGCUUAAGAAAAUAGCCAGCAGGUGUCAUUAUUUCCUUUUGAGACAAUCAAAAGACUGUAGUAGGCUAUCUACGUAGUCAUUCUAUACCCGUCCUCUAAAGUUCAUUUGAGAGAAUUUUAAAGAGUUCGUCAAAGUGGAAGGUGAAGGAAUCUCCAUGCAUCGUCUCUCCUUACUGUUCUAGCAUCUGAGCCUGUAUUCAUAGUGUCUCAGAGUUGGAGUGCUGAUCUAGGAUCAGUUUGCCAUUUAGAUAACGAUGAAUACGAUUACAUGGAUCCUAGAUCAGCUCUCCUUUUCUGAGACACUAAAUGAAUACGGGCCCUGUUCUGUUCUGUCCUGUCCUUAUUGUCUUGGUAGGAUCCAGACCAGUGGAGUCAGAUGAUGAGGCUGACGUCAUCGUCUCCAGCUCUAGCUCAGUGAAUUCCCAUGGUGCAGCAGGAUACAGGACUGAUGACAUCACGUCUGUCUCUGCUGCCCCUAACCCAUUCAUCUCUGCCUUCAUGAACUGUGGCCAGGAGGGUUGGGGGGUCCAGGACCCAAUGACCCACAACACCCACACACACAACACACCUACUACCAGGGACUAUGGCAGGUAGGAUGAUCAAGACCAUUAGUGGCAGAAACAUCAAUUUUUUUCUAUCUUAAAAGUGUAUUAAAUCAAAUCAUCAGCAAUGAAUUAUGAACGAGAAUCAUAAUUCUUCUUAUCAGUCCAGUAUUUCUAUAGGAUGAUGAUUUGAUAAAAAUAAAAAUAAUAAUCUGAAACUGUACUCUGUUGUUCUAUUUCAGCCCUGGGCAGCAUAACGAAGCCAGGCAUACUGGUUUAUCAAACAUGGCUUCUCCUCUCUUCCUCCCACACCCUCCACUGGGCCAGACUCACCACCCAGGGUCUGUUGGCUUCAGGAGGCCCCAGGCACAGAGCAGAAAACCAGUGGGGCCUCACCCUCCUCACCACCGAGGAGGUCCAAGUGGUCCAGCACCAGAACUCUCCCAUAGCCACAGCCACACAUCAGACCACCAGGCCCAGCAGCAGCAGCCACAGCCCCAUCAGGCUGAGUUCGACUACCCUCUCCCCCUGCCCCCCAAGGUCAACAGGAUGCAUCUACCUGAGAGUGCCCUGCGUAGCCUGGAGAUGAGCCCCUCCCCCUCAGUGUCCGGCAGCCCUCGGUCCCUCACCGACAUGCUCAACAGGAUCCACAGCAGGGCAGGGUCUGGAAUCAACUCAGGAAUCCCCCAGGGGAAGCUGCUCCAGGCCCAGGCCCAGUAUGAGAGGCCAGGCCUGGAGCUGGGGGUGGACAGGGAGCUCCGGCCACCACAGCCCAAUCCACCACUACCUGAUCAUGAGCCAGAGUACCUGCCUCUCCACAGCAUGAUGCUCUACCACCAGAACAGCUUGAUGGGCUCUGCGGGGCCACUAAGAGACAGCCAUGUGGACCCUAGAGUUCCCUCCUCCUCCUCUCUAGAAUCCCCCCCUACAAGGCACCUAUGCUCAACUUAUAAGUGA